AUGGGAGAUGCCGCAAGUCACGAACGUGAUUGCUGUCUUGAAGGGUCACAAAGAACGUGCAACGGAUGUAGUGUUCUGGUUCUCCCCACUCGUACAAACUUCGACAAAACAUGGAGAUUGUGGGAUGUAAACACAGGAGCAGAGCUGCUUUUGCAAGAAGGCCACAGUCGCAGUGUCUACGGACUCGCGUUUCAACAAGAUGGAGCAUUAGCAGCUUCUUCAGGGCUUGAUGCACUCGCUCGGGUUUGGGAUCUCGGCACUGGUAGGAGCAUUCUCGUCUUCCAGGGACACAUCAAACCGGUAAGACUCGUGUUUUGUUCCCUUUGUCCUCUUCCUCAGGCAAAAGCAAUCAUCUACUAA